CAUAGCUAGCAUGCAGGGAGCGAAUGCAAUGCGCAAUUUGGCGUCACAAAGCAUUUUGCAAGCACGCUGCAUAGGGCCUGAAGCUUUGUACUGACCUAUUGAAGCCACAGAAGGCUGCUCUGAAGCUUCUGAAACACAAUAGCAACCUUUAGCUAUUGUGGAUCUCGGCCCACGAAAUGCGCAUUGAUCCGUCUGGAGCUCAAACAGCAUGAACAAUUAGUGUACAGCUUUGAGAUCCGAGAGCGCUUAUGGCUGGAGGCUCUGACCAAGCAGGGCCCCGGGUGCGCUGCAUUCUAAAGUUGGGAGGUGCAGCAAUAACCAAAAAGAAUGAGUUUGAAACGCUGCAUGAAACUGUGCUCACAGCCACGAUACAGCACAUUGUAGACAGCCUUCGGGCUGGGGGCAAUGACAAGGAGGCAGACCACAUUGUGAUCGUUCAUGGGGCAGGUUCCUUUGGACAUUUCCAAGCCAGCAAGUAUGGUGUCUCAAAAGGGGGCCUUGGUUCGACAGCACACAUUCUUCAAGGCUUUGCGGAGACCAGAGUGUCUGUCACAAAAUUGAACCACGAGGUCGUCAGAAGGCUAUGUGAGGGAGGGGUUGCAGCUUGUGGACUAUCCCCAUUUGCUGGCGGAUGGACCACUCAUAACAGAAAGCUGGCCACUUCCGAUGUUGCCAGCGUUCGCAAAACUCUCGAAGCGGGGCUCCUGCCGGUACUACAUGGCGACGCAGUCUUGGACAGUGGGCAGGGUUGUACGAUUCUUAGUGGUGAUGUCAUUGUCCGAAAGCUUGCCGCAGACCUCCGGCCAGACUUUGUGGUCUUCCUUACUAACGUUGCUGGCGUUUACGACAAGCCGCCGUCGGAGGACGGAGCACGCUUGAUACGAGAAAUAGCUGUUGCGGGCGACGGGACGUGGACGAUAACUGACCCGAACGACCUGGCUCAAGGCGUACAAAUGGCGGCUGCUGCACACGACACGACGGGCGGAAUGGCCACCAAGAUUGAAGAGGCCGCAGAAAUUGCAGCCAAGGGCAUCCCGGUAUACAUCGCAAAGGCCGGCACACCUGCAGCCUCGGCAGCGAUCAGAGGGACGCCGCACAAGUCGCUGAUGGGAAGAAAGGAGGGUGACAGUUCUCGAACGAGUUUGGAGCCUUGGACGGGCACCGUCCUCAGACCGUCUGGCCACUGACAAUCUCUACGUACGUGCAAAUGACACCAGUUUUAAGGAUAUGACGACCGCCAAUCUGCGUGCUAUAUUGGUACCCUGUCCAGGGGCCUGCAUAUGCCGAACAUUAGUAGGAUUGAUAUCAAGUUUGUCAAGCGGCGCAGCUUCCUGUGGUCAGCCGCCAAUUCAUCAUCACGAGACGGAUAUCGUAUAGCAUCGAAACCCAAUCCUUGCAAGAGACUGAUUCUGGAUUCUUGUUCCGAUUCAACAAUUCGCUAGCUCCAGCUUGAACCGUCGCUCUUCAUAAGACAGACGUGUGUCGGCAACUCUAAAUAUGUUCGCA